GCUCGCUUUGAUAUUAAGUGAAGAAAAUGUUCAAACCAACGCAAACUAUUUUUCUGAGUGAAGCCAAGAUUAUGUGUUAAAUUUGCUCCAUUUUGGUGUCACCUAUUUUAAAGUGUAUUUUAUUUUAUUUUUUAGUGCAACGACCCCGAUCUCUCCGUUUUGGCACCUAGAAUGACAACCUUUCGUACAUGCAGUUAUAGAUUUAAAUUCGGGCUUAUUAUUCAGUGCAACGACCCCGAUCUCUCCGUUUUGGCACCUAGAAUGACAACCUUUCGUACAUGCAGUUAUAGAUUUAAAUUCGGGCUUAUUAUUCAGUGCAACGACCCCGAUCUCUCCGUUUUGGCACCUAGAAUGACAACCUUUCGUACAUGCAGUUAUAGAUUUAAAUUCGGGCUUAUUAUUCAGUGCAACGACCCCGAUCUCUCCGUUUUGGCACCUAGAAUGACAACCUUUCGUACAUGCAGUUAUAGAUUUCAAUUCGGGCUUAUUAUUCAGUGCAACGACCCCGAUCUCUCCGUUUUGGCACCUAGAAUGACAACCUUUCGUACAUGCAGUUAUAGAUUUAAAUUCGGGCUUAUUAUUCAGUGCAACGACCCCGAUCUCUCCGUUUUGGCACCUAGAAUGACAACCUUUCGUACAUGCAGUUAUAGAUUUAAAUUCGGGCUUAUUAUUCAGUGCAACGACCCCGAUCUCUCCGUUUUGGCACCUAGAAUGACAACCUUUCGUACAUGCAGUUAUAGAUUUAAAUUCGGGCUUAUUAUUCAGUGCAACGACCCCGAUCUCUCCGUUUUGGCACCUAGAAUGACAACCUUUCGUACAUGCAGUUAUAGAUUUAAAUUCGGGCUUAUUAUUCAGUGCAACGACCCCGAUCUCUCCGUUUUGGCACCUAGAAUGACAACCUUUCGUACAUGCAGUUAUAGAUUUAAAUUCGGGCUUAUUAUUCAGUGCAACGACCCCUGAUCUCUCCGUUUUGGCACCUAGAAUGACAACCUUUCGUACAUGCAGUUAUAGAUUUAAAUUCGGGCUUAUUAUUCAGUGCAACGACCCCGAUCUCUCCGUUUUGGCACCUAGAAUGACAACCUUUCGUACAUGCAGUUAUAGAUUUAAAUUCGGGCUUAUUAUUCAGUGCAACGACCCCGAUCUCUCCGUUUUGGCACCUAGAAUGACAACCUUUCGUACAUGCAGUUAUAGAUUUCAAUUCGGGCUUAUUAUUCAGUGCAACGACCCCGAUCUCUCCGUUUUGGCACCUAGAAUGACAACCUUUCGUACAUGCAGUUAUAGAUUUAAAUUCGGGCUUAUUAUUCAGUGCAACGACCCCGAUCUCUCCGUUUUGGCACCUAGAAUGACAAACUUUCGUACAUGCAGUUAUAGAUUUAAAUUCGGGCUUAUUAUUCAG